CUCCCUGUCUCCCAGAAGAUGUCUCAGCCGGGUUAAAGUGUGAUACCAACGUGAUGAAUGUGAGUUGGGCACAGACCCCCGGCUCAGAUGAUUACACCGCCUGGGCCAUCAGCCCCGAUGGACACAGAGCCUCCUGUAACUCAACCUCCAACUUCUGCUCCAUUCAUGACCUGCUGUGUGGAAAGCUCUACGAGGUGGCCGUCACCUCCUCCUCCAUUCACUGCGAAAUCAUAGCUGGAUCUGACUACAAGGUUCAGUCUGCUCCGUGUAAACCUGAGAACACCACUGUCGAGAACUGUAGCAGCAACGUCAUGACAGUGAAGUGGAACGAGCGCAGCAGCACAACACAGAACUACACUGUUAAAGCCAUGUCUGCAUCAGGUGUAAACUCCACCUGCGACUCCACUGAGAGCCGCUGCUCCUUCCUGAACCUGACCUGUGGUCAGCUCUACACGUUCACUGUGAUGGGACACACCAAUGUGUGCAUGAGCGAGAUGAGCACUCCUAUAGAGAAGCUCUCAGCCCCAUGCCCUCCCACCAAUGUGUCAGCUGAACUGAAUUGUACUACACUUAACGCUGUGGUUAGCUGGAGUAGCGCGUCUGCAGCCACAGCCUACAGCGUUCAAGCGACCUCCUUAAAUGGACACAACUCCUCCUGCAGUGAGAUGGGCACGUCCUGUGACCUCAGCGACCUGGUCUGUGGACAGCAUUACUCUGUUGUAGUGGAGGCCAUGCACACAGGCUGCUCUGGCCCUGCCAGCACCCCGGCCUGGCUGGUUACAGAGCCCUGUGUCCCCAUGAAUCUCUCCGUCCACUACAAUGUGAGCACGGCCCAGGUGAUGUGGGCGGCAGCACGAGGUGCCAGCUCAUACUCCGUCCAGGCUGUGGCUGACCUGGGCUCGGGCGUCACCUGUAACACCACCAACACCACCUGCUCCAUCGAUGGUCUGCAGUGUGGUCAGAUCUACAACGUCACUGUGAUGGCACACAACCUGGCCUGCAACAGCACUUCUGAACCCUACCACCACAUGACAGAACCCUGCCCACCCACCAACGUGCAAGUCAGUAUGGCGUGUGAACAACUCACUGCGUCUGUUUCCUGGCAUAAGAGUGACCUCGCUGUGGGUUAUGUUGCCUUCUUUGACAACCAAGGUGGCCACUUAGAUUCCUGUUAUGGCACAGACACAAGUACCCAAUGUGUUGUCUCAAGGCUGAUGUGUGGAACAGAGUACAACGUCUGGGUCAAGGCACUGGGUCAGCAGUACAACAGCUCUGACAGCACAGUGGUCUCGCUUACAUCAGCUCCAUGUCUGCCCAGAGAGGUAGAGAUAGAGGUGGACUGUAUUCAUGAUGGCGCUGCCGUUGUGUCCUGGAAUGCUACUUAUGGCGCAGCAAACUUUUCCCUGACAGCCAUGGUCAGUGGAAGUCUUCUGUCACUGUGUGAAACUCAGCAGAACAGCUGUAACGUGACGGGUUUAAGUUGUGGAGAAACCUACAACCUCAGCUUCACCGCCAGCAACGAACAGUGCAGCCUCAGUGCGCCGAUGCACGCUAACCUCACAACGCGUCCUUGUCCUCCUCAGGGUGUAGAUGUGUCCCUGCAGUGUGGCUCCCACACCGCAGUCCUGUCCUGGGAGGAGAGGUCUGAUGUUGAGCUGUACGUAGCUAACGCCAUCAAGACAUCAGGAGGGCCGGUGCAGACGUGUAACUCUACAGGCUCUACGUGUCAGUUUGCCAGUCUGGACUGUGGAGAGACGUACAACUUUACCGUAACAGCAGACAGUCAAGGCUGCAGGAGCCAGGCCAGCAGCACCGUGUCCAUCCAAACAGAGCCUUGCCAGCCUGUGAUUGUUUCCGAUCAGGUGCUCUGUCAGAGUGAGCAGGUCCAGAUCUCCUGGUACCAAGCAAGUGGUGUCGUGAAUUACUUAGUAACGACUACUGGGAGCCUUGGAUACGUGAAGAUCCACAACGCAACCCAGAGUAUUCCAGCAGCUACUUUACCAUGCGGACAGGACUACAAUGUGACUGUACAAGCAAAAGGCAGUGACUGUGACAGCAUCCCCAGCAGCCCCGCCUUCUUCAAAACUGCACCAUGCCCCCCCAGCGAUGUGACGACCUAUGCACAGUGUGAGUUUAACAUGGGCUCAGUCAGCUGGGGGUCCAGUGAUGGCGCUGAAACAUAUGUUGCUGUAGCAACUGGGCUUGAUGGCCACGCCCACCAGUGUCUCACCAACAGCACCGACUGCAGCUGGAACGACCUGCAGUGUGGAGAGGAGUACACUGUUGUAGUGAGGGCAAAGAAUGGCAACUGCACAAGCCUGCCUAGCAACAGCUCCAUAAUCUAUAUGGAUUCCUGUGUGCCCCAGAACUUGGCUGCCACUGUGAAUUGUGAUAUGAGAGUGGUCUCACUGAGCUGGGAUGGCAGUAACGGGACAAAUGUGUAUAUGGUAUCAGGCGAGGCAGGAAACGAAACAACUGUUCUCACCACUAAUGUCACCACGGCCCACUUCUCUGGCUUUAGCUGCGGACUAAACUACAGCCUCACAGUCACACCUCAAAACCAGCACUGUCCUGGAAACUCCAGUGCAUCGGCUUCCAUACAGACAUGGCCGUGUCCACCUGUAGGAGUCUCCACCAGGCAGGACUGUCUCUCUGGCAUCGUCAUGGUAAUGUGGCAGGCAACUAAUGGGUCCGACUACUACACAGCGGCAAUGCAGACUGACACUGGCAUCUCCCCCAUGUGCAUGUCCGACUCUAAUGGAUGCAGCGUCCCGGGACUCACCUGCGGGCAAAACUUCUCCGUGUCAGUCACAGCCUCCAACCAGCAGUGUAACAUCACCUCCAGUCACACCACCAGUCUGCAGUCAGUGCCAUGUGUUCCCACUAAUGUCUCUGUGGUGAUGGACUGUGAUAACAACACAGCUGUUGUGUCCUGGACCGCCAGUCAGGGGGCUGUACAGUACUCAUUGAUGGCCCACAGUAGUCAUAACAACGUCAGCUGUCAAACCUCUAGCCUCAACUGUAGCCUUGACAACAUCACCUGUGGCAACAGCUACUCUGUUCAGGUGGUUGCUAUGGAUGACAACUGCUCCAGUAUCCCCAGCCAGGCUCUGAUAUUCAACUCAGCGCCCUGCCCUCCUCAGAACGUGAGUGCUGAGGUUGACUGUUUGUCAAACGACCUGAUGAUUUCUUGGGAUGCCGUCAGAGAAGCAGACCACUUUUUGACAUCAGUAACUGCAGACAAUGGAGUAACCAUCGGUGGCUGUAAUACCACAAACACUGCAUGUUCCAUCAGAAAUAUGACAUGUGGGAAAACAUUCAGUGUUCAUGUCACCUCCAUCAGAGGUGCCUGCAGAAGCCAGCAGAGUCAGGCCUACAGUAUCAUGUCAGCUCCCUGCCAGCCUGAAAGAAUUAGUGGCAGGCUCGAUUGUGUGACAAAUUCUGCCUGGAUAUCAUGGAACGCUGCUCCAGGGGCAGACAGCUAUGCUGUGUCAGCUGUAGGUGAAGACAACUAUAUAGGCAACUGCACCUCUUCCUCCAACACAACCUGUGAGGUGGAAGGCCUGGCCUGUGUUUCACUAUAUAACUUCAGUGUUAUUGCUAAAAACAGCAAAUGUGAGAGUCAGCCAAGCACCACGAUCGACCUGCAGACAGCUCCCUGCACCCUCUCUGGUAUCACAGCGGUUGCUCAGUGCCACAAUUCCUCAAUCCUCGUGUUGUGGCAUGCAGAGGGAAACACUGUGUACACUGCCACAGCAGAAGCCAGUGAUCACACCUACCUCUCCUGCAAUAAUACUGGCACUAGCUGCUACCUCCAUGGAGCACAGUGUGGCCUCCAUUACACCAUCAUUGUUGCCGCUUCAUCAGACCAGUGCAGCAGUCUGAGGAGUCCACCAUACAGAAUAAGCAUGGAGCCGUGUCCACCCAGUAACGUGGUGGUUGGGUCAACCUGUGCGGACGACAGUGCCCUGGUGUCCUGGAGCCCCUCUCUUGUAGCUGAAACAUAUCAUGUGGUCGCAAUGGGUGCAAAUAGACAUGUGCAUACAUGCAACACCACCUCUAGUAACUGCAGCAUAUCGGAGCUCCACUGUGGCCAGCAGUAUGACAUAUCUGUGACUGCCAGCCACGAGAACUGCACCAGCAAAGCCAGUCAAAACGCUACACUUAACACAGGUCCCUGCCAGCCAGAUGGUCUCUCAGUUAUUUCACACUGUAACAAUCAGUCCGCAUUGUUGUCAUGGACUCCCGGAUAUAACGCUGUGGACUACUAUGGCUGUGCCCAGGCCGAAAAUGGAGACAUGCUGUACUGUGAAAGCACAAAUCCCAGCUGCACCAUCCAGGGCCUUGAUUGUGGAACACUUUACAAUUUCACUGUUCAGGCCUCAGAUGGGACAUGCAACAGCUCCGUCAGUGACCCAGUGCAGAGUGGAGCAGCCCCUUGUCCCCCAGACAGUGUUGAUGUGGAGCUCUUUACGAUGCAGAAUGAAACCCAGAUAUUGUACUUCAACUGGACUCAGAUCACCUGUAGAGACAUUGAGUAUUUGCUGGAGUUAAACGGAAGUCUGCUGGGAGAUAGCCAGGCCCUGUUUGAGAUCUCUUCCUAUUGGACAAGCAUGACGUACUUUGAGAUUCCUCUCCCCUGCGGUUCAUCCUACUGGGCUACAGUGGAGAGUAGGAACACUGGUGGUACCAGCCAACCCUCUGUGCCGCUCAGUGGUACAACAG